GAUGAGACCAGUCAAAUGUAAAGGAAACUGAAUGGUUUUGAGUUAAAAAAGUUUUUUUAGCAAAAUUUUGGAGGUGUCCUCUCUAUUCUCAUGUAUAUAUAUAACCUGACCUCAUAAGAUUGUAUCAGACCCACUUUUCCCCCUCCUUGACUAGUACCUCUCUGGAACCAACAGCAGUACGCCCCUACUCUCCUCUCUUCCAUCACUUUCCAUUUUCAAUUCCAAAGCUCUUCAAAAAAAAAAAAAAAUGUCAGCCUUUUCACACCAGCACCGGCCUUUCCUCCUUGACUCCUCAUUUUUCACUCCCAUUAAGAUCAUGUCUGGCCUUGUGGAGGAACCAAACACCCCCUUGUUCUCUCAAUUUUUUUACCCACCUGAGCCUGUUCACCAAAUCCCUGUUCAUCACUUUAGUACUAGCUGCCUUGAAAACAGCACAAAAGUUGAUGCUGGCAUUAAUGAUGAUGAUUCUUCAUCAGUGGUGGAUGGUAAGGCUGAAAGUGGGGAGCAAGUCACCCAGAAGUUGAUUCCCAUGGACAAGAAGAAGAAGAACAGAGAUGGGUCUGCUCAAUCCAAGGAUGCAAGAGAAGUGAAGGGGAAGAAGCAAAAGAGAUGCAAUGGUGGGAUGGAAGGUGAUGAAGAAAAGAAGACUAAUAAAGCUGGUAAUAAGAAGAAGCUUAAUGAAGCAGCCCCUACUGGGUUCAUUCAUGUAAGGGCCAGAAGGGGGCAAGCAACAGACAGCCACAGCUUAGCAGAGAGGGUGAGAAGGGAGAAAAUAAGUGAGAGGAUGAAACUGCUGCAGGCUCUAGUUCCUGGAUGUGACAAGGUUACUGGGAAGGCCCUCAUGUUGGAUGAAAUUAUCAACUAUGUCCAGUCUCUACAAAAUCAAGUUGAGUUCCUAUCCAUGAAGCUUGCUUCUGUGAAUCCCAUGUUCUAUGACUUUGGAAUGGACUUAGAUGCAUUCAUGGUUACACCUGAGAUCAGAUUGAAUGGAUUGGUAUCACCAUUAAUGCCAAAAUCCAACCACCACCAGGCCAUUGCCUUUUCUGAUACAACCACCGGCGCGGCUGCCGCCUGGACCGGCCCAAACAGCUAUUCUCUUGUGGACACACCUACAUCUUCAUCCCUUCUAUUUCAACAAGUGCAGAGGCCAAAUAUUCUGUCCCAGGAUAAUGAACAGGUCUUGUGGGAUGUGGAGGACCAAAGACAAAGAGUUAUUAAUCAAUCUGGCUUUAGCAACAACUUGUGUUCUUUCCAUCAAUAAAAUACCAAGCUGCAGCUGCCUGCCCUACACGCAGCAGGUAAGCACCCGAGGAAAUUCUACAGUAGCAAAAAGCAGAGGGAAGACACCUAGAGGGGCAUGGAAUGCCAAUAAAAGCUUAUAUUCCUUAGCAUCAAUAGCAAUGAAGAUCUCCUCAAAUCUCUGAUUCUAAGCCCAGUCCAGUAGUCCAUGAAUGAAUGGAGCCUAGCUAGCUAGCAAGUUGUUGGACAUGAAUAAAAUCAAUGGUGGAAGACAAACAAGACCAGAUCUUUUGUAGAUUCUUCUGUUCCUGUCCCAUUUGACUCCACCCCAAAAAAUCAAGUCCCUUAAGCACAAAUUCCUAUAGCUAGCUAGCUAGCUUGUGGUGGUUUUUACAAGUAGAAUAUUGAUCCCAUGCCAGAACACUGUCAAAUGUUUUUGUAUCUAAUAUGAUUGUCAUCCGUUAAUACUACGUACUACGAUUCUUGAUCUUAUAAUUGUGACAGUUAAUUCUGUUAUUUACAGUUUAGAUCAUUUAUGGCGGCGCGGAUUUUACAUA